UGUGAGGCGAGUGUGGCACAUGCACACCUUAAUAUGUACAAAGGGAUUUUGUUUGCUGAUAUAGCAUCCUAGGUAUAUAAGUGGGUGGUCUUGCGUUCCAGUUUAUUCCUGUCCUUAUUUUGUUGAUGAGCUGAAUAUGGACGUGGACAAGUCACUUCGUGUGCUCGGAAGUUUUGGCCGUAUGCAGGCUCUCAACUACUUCACGUAUGUCCUUGCUGUUAGCGUAGCUGCUUGGCAUAUCACUGGUGUUUCAUUCACCAUUGGGCAGCCAGACAACAACCGAUGUAGAAUACCAGAGAAUGAGACGAGCUUCACGACUCCCCUCGAUGACGGCUGUCACCAGAUUGUCUACUAUAACAAUGACACGGGCGGCGACAAUGAGACGAUGGCAUGUACGGAUGGCUGGGAGUAUGACACUGUCCAUGGCGAGACCAGUGUUGUCACAGAUCUGAAUCUGGUUUGCGACCGGGCCAUUCUUGGGAGUACUCUCCAGUCUGUUCAUUUCGGUGGUUGCCUUCUUGGAUCUUACGUCACCGGGCAGAUGUCAGAUAUCUUCGGUCGUCGCCUCACCCUGUUAGGGUCGCUAGUGGGUAUCGUGUUGACUGGUACGGGGUUCAGCUUCGCACAGAGCUACGGACUGAUGAGUUUUCUGAAAUUCCUCCACGGUUGCUUUAUUCCGGGGUUACUCCUCGUGCCCUACGUCCGCAUCAUCGAAAUGUUCCCUCCCAGCUUUCGUGUCAGGUCACAUUUGGGUAGUGCAAUGCUAUGGUGCCUUGGACUGGUCCUCGUCGGACCCUUGGCGUACAUCUUGCCAAAUUGGAGGCACCUACAGCUAGUCAUGUCACUUCUGGCUGCCCCUCUCAUUGUACUGGUUUGGUACUCUUAUGAAUCGGUAAGAUGGCUCCUUCAGAAAGGUCGAGUAGACGAAGCCGAGAAGAUCUUCCAGCGAAUCUCCAAGUCCAAGAACAUCUCCCACGUUGGUGGUUACUUCUUCCUCCCUCAGCAAGAUAAGGAACAUGAGCUGAUAAACGGAUCAUCGAGGCCGGAACUUUCGGACGAAAAGCCACCAUUGGAUAUUAAGGCUUCAGAUUAUAGUCAACUGGAGAGUGACGUUCCGGCCGUAAAGGAUACUAAAAAGUACACCCUGUUGGAUCUGUUCCGGACCCGUGCGUUGGCCAUACAAACACUGAUUGUUUUGUAUUGCUGGUUUGCGUGUUCCGCUGUCUACUACGGGUUCUUCCUGAUAGCAGCUAACUUGGUUGGAAAUAUGUACGUCAACUUCACAUUGAUGUCAUUAACGGAGGCUCCAUGUUACAUCGCUAACUACUUCGUCACAAUCAGGUUCGGCCGUAGACGUCCCCUUAUGAUUUAUUUUAUCGUCAGUGGAGUGGCGUGUGUGGUUACGGGACUAAUACCUGACGAAUCAGGUGAUGGUACAGAUCUCAGCAUGUUGAAGUUGGGACUAGCAAUGAUUGGGAGGUUUUUUGCAUCCACGGCCUUUGAUCUGACGUGCCUGGUGACCAUCGAAAUGUUUCCAACUGUGCUGAGAAAUGCGGCAGCUGGAGCAGCCUCGUUGAUCGGCCGUGUUGGGGGUAUGGUGGCGCCGUUCAUUGUCUUCCUCAAUGUAAUACACAGCUCCAUCCCUUUCAUUGUGUUCGGUGUGGUGUCACUCAUUGCCGGGUUGCUGGUCUUCCCGUUAGCGGAGACUAACAACCGAUCCCUGCCAGAAACCAUGGACGAUGGAGCAAAACUAGCCGAAAAAGACGAAGCUGGCUCAACCCACAAAUGUCUGAAGGAAAAACAUUCGCAGACAUGUAUAAACCUCAGUACCAGUGUCGAGGGGUUAGCCCCCUGUGUUUAAUCUCGGUCAGGGCCGGCAGACCUUGUGCGUGCCAUUGCUACGCGCAUCAAGGUGCUGUGCACGAGCGAGAGGGGGCAGAACAGACCGAAGUUUGAAUUCGAAGCCGAGCACAGUGUCUGACGAUGCAAUACGUUAAUUUUAGCAGUUUAUGGUAUCUCGAGUAGCUUUGACUUGCUUUGGAAGCAAAGCAAUAUGCAAGUAACGCUUUCAGAUUCCCUUGAAAUAAUUGGUUUAACAAGGUGCUUCAAUCCAGUCAACAUUCCACCAGUAAGAGUGCUGUGCAACUUGCAACUUUCAUAUGGGUCCCUACCUACAGGGUGGAUUUCACAAAGAGUUAGGACUAGUCUUAUCUCUAGUUAGGACGCGUUACUCGUCCUAACUUAGGACUA